AUGAAAAUUCUGAAAAAACAUAUAAAAGACGCGGUAUCUGCUUUGACGCCGAUUCUUCCGUUCGGGGUCUCAGAAUCAUGGGACGAUCUAAAUCCAAGACUGUUCCACGCCGUACACAUUUAUUGGCUAAAAUUCUACGGGAUGUGGUACAAUGGCUUCUCGCCUAAAAGCAUAUUGUUUUGGCUGCAGCUUUUGUACACCGUGAUCGUGUUAUGGCUCGUGUGUUUUUUGCCCGUGAUUGGGGAGGUCGUUUAUUUACUCAAGCGAACGGAAAAUAUUGGGGACAUCGCUGAAGGGUUGUACUUAUUCCUAAGUGAAACGUACACUUAUUUCAAAGUGGGUGUUUUCUGGAUGAACAAAGAGAAGAUAAUGAAAAGUCUGGAGUACUUGCAUUGCAAGGAGUUUAAGCCAAUGGAGGAGGAACAUCGGGAUAUAUUGCGUCGCAGUAUUAAGAAGGCACGGUUUGUAAUGACGGCCUAUUCUUCUAUGUGUGUAGGUGCUGUAUCAGUUGGAAUCAUUAUGCCUUUGACUGAAAAUUUCGACAUUCUGCCGACGAAUGUCGAAUAUCCGUACCUGGAUGUGUACAAAUCGCCCGCGUAUGAGAUCAUAUACGUUCAUCAUAUCUAUUACAAACCGGCCACGUGCAUAAUCGAUGGCGUCAUGGAUACUAUGUUAGCCGCCUUUAUUGCUUCGGCCAUCGGGCAAAUAGAAAUAUUAGCGUUUAACCUUCGCAAUUUUAACACGGUGGCGGAGAGGCGACGCAAGAGAGCCAUUUACGAGAACAAAUGCGAUGGAAACGACGCGCAAGACUAUUACGUACAAACCGUUUUCAAAGAUUGUGUCAUACAUCACAACAGCAUUAUCAGAUACGUGGCGAUGAUUGAGAGUGCAUUCAGUCUAGCGUCCGCGCUGCAGUUUAUGCUAAGUGUCAUGGUCCUUUGUCUCAUCGGAAUACAAUUUUUAUCGAUCGAGGAGCCGACCAGUCACCCUAUGCAAAUGAUGUGGAUGGCAAUCUAUUUGACGUGUAUGCUGAUUGAGGUGUUCAUACUUUGCUGGUUCGGUGACGAUCUCAUUUGGAAGAGUAUGCAGCUUAGUCAAGCAGCUUUCGAAGGACCCUGGUUGGACGUCAAACCGAAGACUGCAAUAUUCCUCAUCGUGUUCCUUGAACGAUGCAAGAGACCACUAACAGUCACUGCUGGGAAGAUCUUUACCCUUUCUCUCGAUACUUAUACAGUUCUAAUCAACUGGGCUUACAAAGCGUUCGCGGUCAUGAGAAAUAUGAAAAAGUAAGUCCUUUUUAGACGACUACGAGGUGUUAUUAUAGCUUUAAAAUGAAUUCGUCAAGAACUUUACAGCACCAUUAAAGCAAUUUGCAUCAUUAGGGGCUCCAUUUGAAUAGUGAACUAGUUUGAAUGUUAA